AUGCGCUGUGCGCUCUUCCUUUCUCUUGUCCCACUUGCUCUGGGAUGUCAUAACCCACAAAGCUAUGCCUGUCCAUCGGCUUAUACGGCAUCCCGCUCUGCUGCCGCAGAGUUCUGCGCGACCUUCACUGCUAGCAUAGUGACCGCUACUACCCGCCUUCCAAGCUUUGCUUCUGCCUGUGAAUUCAACACCAAGCAUCUAUCGAGCGCCUGUAGCUGCCUCGAUACUAUCUGGACUACUGAAGUAUCAGGAUCCGGAUCGGCACAGACCACAGCUAUUGCAACCAGCGCAGUUACUACCACCACUGCUGCUUCAAUCGGUUCGUCUACUAGCUCGACUACUCUCGUCAAGACCACCCGCCCGGCCUUCUCUACUACCUCUUUGGUUGAAGUGCCGGCCACCACUGCGGCACUGACGACUAUUCAAGCCGUGACAACCGUUACUGCGGACUCGACUGGAUCCGGCACUACUUGUGUUGUGUCCGAACACGCCUCUCUCUCUUCCGCUGUCAGGUCUUGCACCAACAUCGUGCUGUCUGAUUUUUAUGCCCCUCCCUCGAGCACCAUUGAUCUGCAGAGUCUCCAGACUGGUGCUGUUGUGACCUUUGCGGGCACUACUACUUUCGGAGAUACAUACGACGAUGAUUUCGAUCCUAUUGUCGUCUCUGGCCACGGUAUCACCAUAACUGGUGCCGAGGGCCACGUUAUUGACGGCAAUGGUGCUGCCUACUGGGACGGAGAAGGUUCCAACGGCGGCCAGGACAAGCCCGACCACUUCUUCGUCGUCACGAAGACCUACAACUCCAAGAUCAGCAACCUGAACAUCAUGAACUGGCCUGUUCACUGCUUCGAUAUCACUGGAAGCCAGAACGUCGUCUUCUCGGGUCUUGUUUUGAACAACACGGCAGGAGAUAAGCCUAACUCUGCUAGCGGCAGCAUGGCCGCAGCCCACAACAGCGAUGGAUUCGACAUUUCCUCCAGUGACUACAUUACCCUGGAGGAUAUCGAAGUGUACAACCAGGAUGACUGUGUUGCGGUUACCAGUGGAACUCACAUUGUUGUUGACAAUGUGUACUGCUCCGGUGGCCACGGUAUCAGCAUCGGAUCCGUCGGUGGAAAGAGCAACAACACUGUGGAUGGAAUUACUUUCAAGAACUCGCAGGUUGUCAACAGCCAGAACGGCUGUCGCAUCAAGAGCAAUGCCGAUACGACUGGCAGUAUCAGCAACAUUGUCUACCAGAACAUUACUGUCUCUGGCAUCUCCUGCUACGGUAUCGACGUCCAGCAAGACUACCUCAAUGGUGGCGCUACUGGUGAGCCAACCAAUGGCGUCACCAUCAGCGGCAUCACUUUCGACAACGUGAAGGGCACAGCGACCGACGAUGCCUACAACCACUACAUCCUUUGUGGCUCGGACAGCUGCUCUGACUUCACCUUCACUGAUGUCUCCAUUACUGGAGGAGGUGAGACCAGCAGCUGCAACUACCCUUCCAGCGGCUGCCCUUGA